AUGGCUUCUCCUCCUGAGGUGGAGAUAUCUCAAACAGGAUCACGAUCAUCGGGAACAAUGAUCCUGGCACCGGAGCAAGAGCUGACUAUAGUCGCACUGAGGCUGGCGAUUCUCGAAAAGGCAGCAACAGGUCUCGGAGUGUUAGCCUUUGUGUGGGCGACGGUGGUUCUUCUCGGUGGAUUCGUCACCAAUAUCAAGCCUUUUGAUUUCUGGGUCGUCUCCGCGCUGCUGCUCACUGAAGGAACUCGAGUUUUCAGCCGAAGUCACGAGCUGGAAUGGCAGCACGCAGCGGGAGGCUCUGUCCGGCUCCACUCCAAGCUCAAGUCGGCAAGCUCGAACACACUGCUAGCGAUCCGGUCGGCUCUCAGCAACAUACAUGUGAUCCCCGGCGAGCAGCAGCAAAGCUCCGAUCGAGGUGAUGAAAGUUUUGCUUCUGACGCUUGUCGUCUCCGAGUUCCUGCUCCAGUGAACUUCGAUGGCUUUCAUGUCAAGAGGACCUGGUCCUGGAACACUGUUCCUCUCGUCCCUUACUCCCACCGUUACUUCUCAGCCCGUCGCAUAAGUUUCAUCCUCCAUGUCCUUCAGUUGGCCUCGGCCGUUGUCACGAUCGGUUUCUCUCUGGCACGCCUCAUCCAGCAAGAUUAUGUCAUCAGCAGAAGCAGCAGCAGCAGCAACCAGGUGCGAACAAAUCUCGGCUCCGGCCUCAACAUCUUCUACUCCUUGUCACUCGUCGAGGCCUCCAUUUUCCUGGCGGAGCGAGCUUACUUGGAGUACAACCUCAGAAUGAAGGAGCUUUUGGUGAAAGUAGCCAGAAAGUCACAGCUUGGCGAGGACCUCUUGGACUUCAUUCGCCAGUUCUUUUACGACGUCUACUCGAAAUGCCUGAAAGAAAGCAUUUUUGUCGGACUAAACUUGGAUCUGGUAACUUACAGCAUUGCGAAAAUCCAGUCCAACAGCGGAAACGAGCAGCUCGGUGGCGUUCUCAUGCUCUCGACGUUGAUUACGCAGGAGCAGUUCUUGGAGGACACCUUACGGACGGUUGGCACAACACCUGGAGUCACCGAGCGCCUUCUGGAAAUGAUCACCUGGAGGAACAGGCAGGAAAAAGAAAUCAGAAGAUCUGCAUCGAAAAUUCUAUGCCAACUUGUAAUCCACAAGAGCAACAGCUUUCGGGUGAUGGCAAUUGCUGGAGCACUGGAAGGUAUUCUAACUUUGCUUCUGGAUGAGGGAGAUAGCGAUGAAGAACUGGAGUUUGACAAUAGCGAACUCACGUUGCAUGGGUUGAGAAUGCUCAAGACUCUGGCAAAGGACGACAAGAACUGCGUUCAGAUAGGAAAUACUCGGGGUCUACUCUCCAUUCUCGUAGCAAACAUAGAGAUCAAAGGCAGAGAAAAAGCACUGGGCCAGAAAAGCCAGAAGAAAAUUCUCAAAAAGACACUCCAGCUGCUUCAAAGGCUAGUGUCGACAAAAGGAGAACACGGGAGGGCGCUCAAACGUGACAUCACAAAAAUUGUCUUUACGUUACCGAACUUGCGAGAUGUUCUUCAGCACUGUGGAGCUCAUCCAGUUCUCCGGGGUCUAGCUGUGGACAUCAUCACAAGCCUGGCAUUAGAUGAUGGCAUCAAGGAGAACAUAGCAGGAACUGGCGGGCUAGUUCACAGCCUUCUAGCUCUAUUUCUUAAAGACGAACACGAUCAAGAAGGCAUCGAAUUCACAGUGCGCUUAAAGGCUGGAGAGGCUGUGUACCUUUUAGUCCUGAAGAGCUCCAAAAACUCCUCCCGAGUUAUAAGAUCACAUCAAAUGCUCGAAAGCUUCAUCGCCAUUCUCAAAGCUGGGAACCAAGAUGUAAGUGCCUGUGCAGGGAACAUAUUGAGAAGUAUCUGGCCAUACCUCUGUCACGACGAGCAACUAGAAAUCGCCAGUGAAACUUCUUGGCUCCUCCAAGAAAUCACCCAAGCUCAUGGAAAGCAGCUGGAAGCUUUCCUUGGUCUAGCUGCAUCAACAGUGCCCGUUAGCACAGAAAUUCUUUCGAACGGCAGAAAAGAACUAGUCUCUAAAGUCAUGAACUUAACCUUUCAUGAAGCGUCCCUGGAGCUGCCUAGAACUCGACGGCACACUGUGGAGCUUGCUCUGGCGCUGAUGAAGAGAGAUGGCUACUUUAUCCGCGCGUUCAGAGCCCAGGGAAUGAAAGAACAGCUGCAAAGGAUGCUUGAUACCAUCUCAGACGUGGACAACUUCAUCACUUUCUCAGGAGCGAUGGGAUUAACACUGCAUGCUCAAGCGAUGGAAGAACUUAUCAGCUUAGCUUUAGAAGAAGUCGACAAAGACCAUCACUAG